UCUAAAUUGACUCAUUGAUUGAUUGAUUGAUUGUACAAAUAGUUAACCUAUCCCUUUUCCAAUGACCAUCUACUGGUAGAGUUAUGGGUUCUUGAUUUUUUAUAUUAAAUCUCCAUCUCAAGCUAUCUAUAAAUACCACCAUUGUUUUGUUAUUUUUCCUCAUCCUUGGUUGUUCCUUUGUUUGGGGUUGUAGUAUCCAAACUUAUUUGUGCAUUUUCAUAUUCUGUUGUAUUUUCUUGCUGGUUUUAAUGGCUGGAGCAUUGAAUCCCCUUCGUUCCAUAUGCAUUGGGAUCGAUCCUAAAAAAGAUACUUGGAGAGUGAAGGUUCAGGUUCUUCGUGUUUGGGAUAUGUUUCCAGUUGGUGAACCCUCAAAACCUUACGUUAUCCAUGUUGUGCUUAUUGAUGUAGAGGUUGUAUAUCAUUACUGUCAUUUGUUUGAAGUUAGUCAUGUUAUAGUUUCCACAUGUAUAUGAUGCUUGAUUUCUGUUUUACAGUGUGUGAAAAUUGAGGGCAUCAUUAAGAAAGGGAUGCUAAAAAAGUUUAGAGGUGAAUUGGUUGAGGGCAGUGUAUAUAGGAUAACUUAUUUUAAUGUUAUUUCAAACUCCGGUGCAUUUCGUGCCACUGAGCAUGGGUUCAAGAUAGUAUUUAAUAGCCGGACAAAGGUUGUGCCUGAUUCUGGUGAGACGAUUCAAAGUAUUGGUUUAUCAUUGAAGCACUGUGCUGCAUUAAUUGGGAUGACACUUGGUGAAUCUGACUUUCUAAUAGACUUUCCCGCUCACAAACUUACGAAGCUACUCACUUUCUCCGUCGACUGAUCACGGCGCCUCUCGUCUUCCCUUUGUGCGUGGUUGCUCCGUGCAUUCUUUCUUUUGGGGUUUUGUUUGGUUAGAUUGAAAGAAUGGCCAAAAAUGCUGAGGGAUGUGCCAUAGGAAUCGACCUUGGCACCACAUACUCGUGUGUUGCAGUUUGGCAGGAGCAACAAGGCAGGGUAGAGAUCAUUCACAAUGAUCAAGGAAACAGAAUUACUCCCUCCUUUGUUGCUUUCACUGAUCAACAUAGGUUGAUUGGUGAUGCUGCUAAGAAUCAGGCUGCUAUCAACCCUGAGAACACUAUCUUUGAUGCUAAGAGGUUAAUUGGUAGGAAGUAUAGUGAUCCCAUCGUUAAAAAUGAUAUAUUGUUAUGGCCAUUCAAGGUUAUUGCGGGUGUUGAUGACAAACCCGUGAUUGUUGUUAAGUAUAAGGGUCAAGAGAAGCAUCUUUCUGCUGAGGAAAUAUCAUCCAUGAUACUCACAAAAAUGCGGGAGAUUGCAGAGGCGUAUCUGGAGUCACCUGUUAAGAAUGCAGUUAUUACUGUGCCCGCUUAUUUCAAUGACUCUCAGCGCAAAGCCACUGUAGAUGCUGGUGUCAUUGCUGGUCUCAAUGUUAAGCGGAUAAUCAGUGAACCCACUGCGGCUGCAAUUGCUUAUGGUCUUGACAAAAAAACUAAUUGUGUGGGAGAGCGAAAUAUUUUCAUCUUUGAUCUUGGUGGUGGAACUUUUGAUGUGUCUCUCGUUACAAUUAAAGAAAAGGUCUUUACAGUUAAAGCCAGUGCUGGUAAUUCUCACCUAGGAGGGGAGGACAUUGAUAACAGAAUGGUGAACCACUUUGUGGAGGAGUUUAACAGGAAGAGCAAAUUGGAUAUUAGUGGUAAUGCAAAAUCACUGAGAAGGUUGAGAAGUGCAUGUGAAAGGGCUAAAAGGACACUGUCAUCAAUGGUUGUAACCACCAUCGAGGUAGAUGCUUUGUUUCAGGGCAUUGAUUUCUCUUCAUCAAUCGCUCGUGCAAAAUGUGAGGAAAUCUGCAUGGACCUCUUUGAAGACUGUAUGAAAACAGUGGAUAGGUGUCUUGUUGAUGCUAAGAUGGACAAGAGCAGUGUGCAUGAUGUUGUCCUUGUUGGUGGAUCUUCUAGGAUUCCCAAAGUGCAGGAGUUAUUGGAGGAAUAUUUCAAGGGGAAGAAUCUGUGCAAGAGUAUCAAUCCUGAUGAGGCUGUUGCUUAUGGUGCAGCUGUCCAGGCUGCUUCGUUGAGCGAAGGCAUUAAGAAUGUUCCUGACUUGGUGCUCUUUGAUGUUACCCCGCUGUCUCUUGGUAUUUUGACAACAGGAGAUAUCAUGAGUGUGGUGAUUCCAAGGAAUACUACUAUUCCUGUAAAGAAGACACAGGGUUACUUGACAAGUAUAGAUAACCAAUCCAGUGUCCUGAUUCAGGUUUAUGAGGGUGAGAGAGCUGCAGUAAGAGAUAACAAUUUGUUGGGUUCGUUUAGUCUCUCUGGCUUUCCUCUUGCUCCUCGUGGUCACCGAUUUGAUGUAUGCUUUGCUAUUGAUGAAAAUGGCAUUCUAACUGUUUCUGCUGAGGAAAAAACCACUGGCAAUAUGAAUGAGAUCACCAUAACCAAUGACAAAGGAAGACUGUCAGCAGAAGAAAUUAAAAGAUUAAUUCAAGAAGCUGAGUAUUACCAAGCUGAAGAUCAGAAGUUCCUCAAGAAGGCCAAAGCAAUGAAUGCUUUGGUUGAAUACACUUACAAAGUGAAGAAAGCUAUGAAGGAUACUACUGUAAGUUCUAAAAUCUUACCAAUGGAUGAGCAGAAAGUUAGAGACGCAAUUACAGAAGCUGAAAAUUUGCUUGCUGACAACCAACAACUAGAAGCCUAUGUGUUCGAGAACUGUUUGAACAAGGUGAGAAGCAUCUUUGAACCAGUUGUAGUUAACAGGAAGCGUGCAAGAAAUGAUGAGGUAGUUGCUUUGGAUGACUAGUAAUAAAUUUGGAGAAAUUUGCUUAGCUUGACACAUGUUGAUGGUUUGCUUUUGAAGGUUCUUUCUUCUUUUUAUAGGCUGUAAUUGGCGUUUUGGUACCUUUUCCUAAUGUGUUAAUAUUUAUGAUCAAUUCUUAGUAAAAAUAUUUUUUGAUUA